AAAUGUGAACAUAAUCUUGAUUGUUCAUUGAUUUAUCGUUGUUUUGAUCAAAAUCUUUAUGACAAUCCAAAUGAUUCACUUUCAUCCACUGUCACAUCACAUCUUAAAGGUCGUGAAAUGGAAUUCUUUUCGAAUAUGUUGGAACUGUUGGAGAUUGAAAAACAAUUCUGUAUGUCAUCGGAAAAAUUGAUAGAUUUUUGGAAUUAUCGUUCUGAAGAAUGUGAAAAAUCCGGCAUUGGUCUGUGUAAAAUGAAAAUCAAACAUAAAGAUGACCGUAUCAUUGUUUUUCAACGUAAUCCAAAGGCAACAAUGUUACCAGAAGAAUUGUUCACCAUAGAUAAUGAUUUGAAAAUUAAUCUAACAUUAUUGGAAGAACGACGUGCAGUCAUCAGUGAAGAAUUGAUUAAUUCAACAAAAACAUUUGAAAUUUAUGGCAAUUUUUGCCGCCAAUUAUGCAUUGUUAUUGGACAGAUUGAAUCAUUUUCCGAUGAUCAAAAAGAGAUUACUAUUCGUUUGGAAAAGAUGCACAAUGUUGAAUCCACGUAUCGUAUUGAUUUUCUUAAAAAUAUUAAUAAUCGUCCAAUGUUGAUUAAUUUUUCCAAUCUUUUACGAUUAAUGUAUGACGGUGAUGAUGCUGAUAAUGCUAGAGCCCGUGAACUUCGUGAAAUCAUCAUACAUGGCCGUGUGCCGAAAUCCAAUCAGAAUGGUUACAAAUUUGGUUCGUAUAAUCAACUUUACAAUUCACCAACAUUAUCACAGUUGAAUAUUCAACAAAGUUGUAUUCUUGGCAUAUUGAAAACAAAAUGUUCUCUACUGUUUGGUAGUCCUGGUUCUGGAAAAACACAAACAAUUGUUUCAUUGGUUCAAAUUCUUGUCGAAUAUGGAUAUUCAGUACUAGUCACUAGUUAUACACAUAAUGCCGUCGAUAAUAUUCUAAUGAAAUUGGUUCGUUUUAAUGAUGAAAAUGAUAAAAAAGUGGAUUUCGUACGAAUGGGACAGCCACGAAGAAUCAAUCCAAAAUUAUUGAAAUAUUCAGAUCAUGAUCGAACGAAAAAAUGGCUGGAAACCGAAAAUAUCAUUGCAUUGAAUCAUUUUUAUUCCACUAUACCGGUUGUGGCUGCCACCUGUUUAGCUGUAUUCAAUCAUCCAUUAUUUCAGAAACGAACAUUUGAUUUUUGCAUCAUGGAUGAAGCAAGUCAAGUAUUUCUAUGCACAUCGUUGGGACCAUUAUUUAAUUGUCAUAAUUUUGUAUUGGUUGGUGAUCAAAAACAACUGCCACCAGUAGUUCAAAGUUCAUAUGCACGACAAAAUGGCCUGGAUGAAAGUCUAUUCUCACGUUUGCUAAAUACAUCGGGUAAACAAGAUAUUGGCCAUUAUGAUGAUGAUUUUGAUAAUGAUGAAUUCGAUGUUGGAAAUAAAGAUUCCAAUCAUCAAAAUAAUAAAUCAUCAUCAUCAUAUGGUCAAUCAAUUCGAAUAUUUCCAUUAUUCAUUCAAUAUCGUAUGAAUUCUGUGAUAAUGCAAGUGGCCAAUAAAUUAACAUAUGGUAAUAAAUUAAAAUGUGCUAAUAAACAAGUGGAAACAAUAUCAUUAUUGGAUUAUCUAUUGCCGAAUGAUAAAUGCCAUAUUCUGGAAGAAUAUCAAUCAUCAUUUAUAUCAAAAAUUAUAAGUCCAAAUCUUAAUGAUUCUGUUGUAUUCUUGGACACAACAUCAAUUCCAUUGGCAUUUGAAACAUAUGAUAAUGAUAAUGGUGAAUUUAAUAUUUUACCUCAACAACAACAACAACAACGAUCACAGAAUAAUGAUACAAAUGACCAUUCAUCACCAUCAAAUGAUAAUACAAAAAGUUUUGUUAUCAAUCUAUUUGAAGCAAAAUUAAUAUUUGUGGUACAAACAUUGUUAUUGAUUUAUGGCAACAAGAAUGACGCAACAAAUUUCAAUACCGAUAAUAUCGGCAUCAUUUCACCAUUUCGUCGUCAAGUGAAUAAAAUUCGUGAACUAUUUGGACAACAAUUUUUGGAACAAAAUCAUCUUGAAAUAAAUACAGUGGAUCAAUAUCAAGGCCGUGAUAAAGAUGUUAUAAUUUAUUCAUGUGUAAAAAGUAGAAACAGUAACUGUUCAUCUGUUGAAACGAAUGAUUCGAACCAGACACCAAUUAUUGAUUCAGAAUUAUUGAAAGAUGAACGUCGUUUAAAUGUGGCUGUAACACGUGCAAAACGUAAAUUAAUCAUUAUUGGUAAUUGUCAUACAUUGAACAGAUAUUUACCAUUCCGUAAUCUAUUCAAUGUUCUUGAUGAAGAACAAAUUGUACCAUUGAUUGAUUUUAAUGAUUUCAAUGAUAUUGUCAUUUAA